UCGCGGACGACUCCUGCGAAGGGUAGCAGACUCUAGGGUUUGGUUGGAGGUUCCCUUUCUCUCUUUCUCUAUCUGAGCUGCAAGCCCACACCUCAUCAUCCUCAUCAUUUCCCCAGUCGCGUCUCUAAUGGCUAAAUCGAAGAACACCGAGCCCAGGCCAAAGGAGGCGACCUCCGAUGGCGAACCCGACGAGGGUACUCCAUACGAGAACGCCGACGACGACAAAUCCGAGCUUCAUCCCCAAGGAGGCAGUCCCGGGAAGAUCUUCAUUGGAGGAUUGGCAAAGGAAACCACUCCAGCUCAAUUCAACAAAUACUUUGGUAAGUAUGGCGAGAUUACGGACUCCGUGAUAAUGAAGGACCGGAGGACGGGGCAGCCCCGUGGUUUUGGAUUCGUCACGUACGCUGAUCCGGCCGUCGUUGAUAAGGUUAUUCAGGAGACCCAUGUCAUAAACGGGAAGCAGGUGGAAAUCAAAAGGACCAUUCCGAAGGGAGCUGUGACUGCGAAAGAUUUCAAGACUAAAAAGAUCUUCGUUGGUGGGGUGCCCACGACAGUCACAGAAGAGGAGUUCAGGAACUUCUUUUCAAAGUUCGGCGAGGUGAAGGAGCACCAGAUUCUACGUGAUCAUACGACAAAUAGAUCCCGAGGGUUCGGUUUCAUUACGUUUGACUCUGAACAGGUGGUAGACGAACUGUUAGCCAACGGAAACAGGAUUGAAAUGGCAGGAACACAGGUGGAGAUCAAAAAGGCUGAGCCAAAGAAAGGCGGAAAUCCACCACCAUCCAAGUUCUACAAUGACCCUAGACCUCCCUAUGGUGGGUUUGGGGAUGCAUAUGGUGGAUUUGGUGGUGGUGGUGGCUAUGGUGCUAGUUCGUAUAGGUCAGGUUCGGGCACUUUUGGUGGUAGGCCAGGAGGUUAUGGUGGUUAUGGUGGAGGCGAGUUCGGUAGUGGUUAUGGAGGAUAUGGUGGUAGCGGUCUAGGAGGUUAUCGAGGAGAGUCUUCUCUUGGUUACUCUAGUCGAUACGGUGGAGGCUUUGGUAGAGGUUAUGAAGGUGGAAUGCUAGGUGGGUAUGGUGGAGCUGGUGAUAGCUAUGGAGGAUAUGGGGGUGGUGGCUAUGGCAGUGGCUACGUCUCAGGCUUUGGACCUGGCUAUGGUGGGCCUGGUGGCAGUUUGUAUGGAAGUAGAGGUGGCUAUGCAGGCAGCAGUAGCAGCCGUUACCAUCCAUAUUCAAGCUGCACUGCGUCCCAGAGGACUGCAUGCUGCUCGAGCGACAGUGACGCGGCUUGAAAGUAUGAUUGGUGGGUCUAUUUUCUGAUUGUAACGUUCUCACCAUCUCUGUUCAUUUUAUCCCCUAUGCAGUAGUGCUCAUUUAUCUGUCAUCUUUUGUCCUAAUUCUUAAAGAAUGUUGACAAUUACAUCCAUGGCCUAAAAUAAGUGUUAAUUAUACGAGAUACGAAUGAAUACCAUGAUGGAUGUAGCGUAUGGUACCUGAAUUAUGGUUGUUCGUAGUUUGAGAGCACGGGGAGUCAGAAGUGCUUCCCCAGUGUACUUUGUUGGUUCGGGAGACUUCCCAAGACAUUGCAUUAUAGAUGAUGUCACUGAUGCACAGUGCUUUUGAGUGGUCGCUUUGCUUUCGAACAAUAGAAUAGGAAAUAAUUGAGGAACAAUAUUUUUGUUCGCACAAGCAAAACCGCCAGAAGAGAUAAAAGGUGAUAUGGGGAUUGUAACUCCAUAAUUUGAACAUGUUGCCAACACUGAAAAACCAUGUACUUUGACGAGUCUCAACCCAGUCCACCUGUUAAAAUUCUGUUCUUAUCUUCAUAAAAGUGGCAUUGCUCUGAAUUUGAUUUUAGAAUUUUCGUCUCAAAAUGUUCUUUGCAGUCUGCGCAGCAAAUAGAAUUUAGGUUUUUUUUUUUUGGGUCAGCAGUUUUGGAGUUUGAUAUACCGGUUAUUGGCAAUGCAUCCUUUCUAAUUACAUAUGCGAGUUUUCUUGUUCAACCAGCAAUUGACGCUGGAUGGGUUUCUGUUUUUUUAAUUCGAUGAUGAAAGGAAACUGUGCCUUCAACCGUAAGGCGUCCUAGUUGGUGAUAUCCCCCUCACCCUUGACAAUGACUCAUGCGAAGGUCUCAAACCAAUGGACUCAAGUUCAGUUUUUUUCUUUUUUAAUAUUUGCUGCACUCAAACGAGCAAGGAGGAAAUGCUCCGACGACUUUCAUGUAUCGGAAGCUGAACGUGGUUCGAGUCGUGUCAUUUUUUGUGGACCUCACGGUGCUUCCUUCUGUAUCUGUAAAAUGGCCUCCCGUAACAUGAAGGCAAUAGCUGAAUAACAUGGCAAAGCGGAUCUAUUGUUAAUUGACUCAAAUUAAUGAAAUGCUCGAGGGAGAGAGAAAUAGAAAAAGGGAGGUGUUGGGGGUUAGAGAGGGAGAGAAGGGUGGUGUGGUCAAGAGCCAGAACUUCGAGAAACGUUCCUCCCGACAUGAUGGUCGGAAUCCCGGAAAAGUUUACUUACAGGACUCUCGGGUUCGGGUAUGAGUCGAACUUGGUCUAAAAGGGUUUUUUUCCCUUUGCGUUGACAUUUCCUUUUUUUUCAUUCUAGUUAUGGGUGUGGUAUUAUCGAUGUGGUAGAAGAUGUUGGCUAACAAAACUCGGAUUCGGGGUAGAAGAAAUAGAGGGAGCAGCCGUAUUUAAAAUUUGCAGAGGUGCAUCACCUUUUUACAAUUUGCCGUGCAUCCUGCACGGCCCUACCAAGUACCAACGUCACUGGGACGGAGUAACGUCGCAACAACAUCUCGAAGGGGGACCGGUUUGAGGCGGCGAAAAGAUGAGGCGCACCAACACGCAAGCAAGCACAGGGCAAUUAAUCGUGUCAAAGAAAUCGCUGCCACUUACUUUCCGAACAACAACUAAAUACUGGUGGGCUCGAUCGGUUACAGCUUCUCCAGCAUCUCCACGGAGAAGUCAUCAGGUUGAGGUACCUCUUCAUGAGGAAGUCGGUGAAACGCUUCCCUCUUCACUGCCGGAUGGCGUUCGUCGUCGUCGUCGUCGGGGUCUUGGCUUUCUACCGCCUUCUCCUGAUCUUGGCUCGUCUGGGUUCUGCCACCAUCUUUCAUUACGUCUUCCGUCUCUUCCUUGCGUUUCUUGGCCCCGUCGUUGGGCAUGUUGUACUCACCUCGCCGUCCUUCACGACCAGAAGGCAGACCUCCUCUUUCUUCCUCGCCGCCAGGAGGCCGGACGGCGCCGAGACAAAUAAAGCGGUUCCUUGCUGGGCAGAGAAUGAUGGCUCGCUGCAAGCCACGUGUGGCGUCCUAUCUAUGACAGCGACGUAGCAAGCGCCAGAUGGUCGUCGGCUUUCGCUAUCUCCUGCUCUUUUCGCAAGAAGGUCGCCGGUUGAAACUUGAAAAAAUUGCAAUGUGUAAAUAAGAGUUUAGAUUUUUAGUUGACUGUAUGAACGCUUGUUCAGCCGUCUUCAUGUAUCUUUAAAAAUAUUUGGGGGCCUGUUCGGAUGAUA